AGGAUCUGCCGCCUUGCGGGAUGGGGUCAGGUGGCUCCCUUGCUCCCAGCCUGGGUCUCUGAGCGACGAGGUUUCGUUGCACAAGAGCAAGGCCAGGGCGAUCUGGAAUCGGUAACCGGCAGCCGACCUUGGAGGGAUGAAGCCAGUGUUUUGGAACGCCCCAACUUGGUAUCAGAGGUCUAAAGUGUUUAUGGGAUUUAUUGAGUGCCCUCUACUUCCAGGCUUCGUACUAGGAGCUGUGGGGCUUGCGGUGGAGGACAGAUUUGCACAUAAACACAAACGUCAGGCAGUGGAUUAAGCGGAGUUGAAAGGGUUUUUUUUCUCUUCCAAAAGCGAUCAUUUGUUAAGUCAGUCUGCAUUCUGGCAUAGUGGAGGGUACUGUAGAAACUAAUUUCUGAAUAGAAGACAUAUCACAAAUAUUUAAUUUGAAGGAAAAUGUUGACGUAAAGGCACAGUAAAAUCUUGAUUAGUAACUGGUAUGCUUGGGUACUGGUUAAAUUGAGUGAAUAGAAGUAAGAAACCCUUCACCUUCAAGAACUGAAGCAAAUUUUUUCCAAAAUAUGUUCAUAUACUUUCCAGUUGUAAGUGGAAGAUACUACAUACAUUGGGGUCUUUCUUCAGAGGUUUACGAGAAUGUUGUGCCUUAGUCAUUGUUGGUGAUUUGUUAUCCUUGCAUGGGCUGUUGUGCCAUAGAUCAUUUUAAAAGGUGGGCUGGCUGCCUCAUCUUUUCUGGAGAACUUGCUUUUUUCAUUUGCUACAAUUUUGAGAUUUCAGUGGUUGGCUAUAAGCUAAAAGAGCAGAGGUGAGGGAAAGAGACCAGGUGGAGAGAGAGAAAAGAAUUUUGAGAGAAAAGCCCCAAAUCAGCGGAAGGCCUUCCCCUGUUGCUUUUAACCUCCUUUGGAAAUCCCAGCAAAUUUGGGAAGAUUGACUGGCUUGGCCACUGAAGCAGCUUGGUGACCUGCCAGGAUCAUGGAUUUUCCUGGACACUUUGAACAGAUCUUCCAGCAGCUGAACUACCAGAGACUUCAUGGCCAACUCUGUGAUUGUGUCAUUGUAGUGGGGAAUAGACAUUUUAAAGCCCACCGCUCCGUACUGGCAGCAUGCAGCACGCAUUUCCGAGCCCUUUUCUCAGUGGCAGAGGGAGAUCAGACCAUGAAUAUGAUCCAGCUGGAUAGCGAGGUAGUGACGGCGGAGGCCUUUGCAGCACUGAUUGACAUGAUGUAUACCUCCACCCUCAUGCUGGGGGAGAGCAAUGUUAUGGAUGUCUUAUUGGCAGCUUCUCACUUGCAUUUGAACUCUGUUGUGAAGGCCUGUAAGCAUUACCUAACAACGAGGACACUGCCCCUGUCCCCCUCAAGUGAGCGCGUCCAGGAGCAGAGUGCCCGCAUGCAGCGCUCCUUUAUGCUGCAGCAGCUGGGACUCAGCAUUGUGAGCUCGGCCCUCAAUUCCAGCCAGAGUGGUGAAGAGCAGCCGGCCCCCAUGAGCUCCGCGAUGCGCAGUAACCUGGACCAGCGGACACCCUUCCCCAUGAGACGCCUCCAUAAGCGCAAGCAGUCUGCAGAGGAGCGGGCCAGACAGCGCCUCCGACCCACCAUGGAUGAGUCUGCCAUUUCUGAUGUUACGCCAGAGAACAGGCCGUCAGGGGUUCAUCCUCGGGAGGAGUUCUUUUCACCAGAUUCUCUGAAAAUUGUGGAUAACCCUAAGGCUGACGGGAUUACUGACAACCAGGAAGACGGUGCCAUCAUGUUUGACCAGUCUUUUGGUGCUCAAGAAGACGCCCAGGUGCCCAGCCAGUCUGACAACAGCACCGGCAACAUGGCCCAGUUGUCCAUGGCCUCUCGUGCAACUCAGGUUGAGACUAGUUUUGAGCAGGAAGCUGCAACUGAGAAAAGUGGUUUUCAGUGUGAGAAUCCGGAGGUUGGCCUUGGUGAGAAGGAGCACAUGAGAGUGGUGGUUAAAUCUGAGCCCCUGAGCUCUCCUGAGCCUCAAGAUGAAGUUAGCGAUGUGACCUCACAAGCAGAAGGCAGUGAAUCUGUGGAAGUGGAAGGAGGUGUGGUCAGCGCUGAGAAGAUAGACCUGAGCCCUGAAAGCAGUGAUCGGAGUUUUUCAGACCCCCAGUCUAGCACUGACAGGGUAGGUGAUAUCCAUAUUCUGGAAGUCACAAAUAACCUAGAACAUAAAUCUGCUUUUAGCAUUUCAAAUUUUCUUAAUAAGAGCAGAGGUAGUAACUUCAGUGCAAAUCAGAACAAUGAUGAUAAUAUCCCAAACACCACUAGCGACUGCAGGUUGGAUGGGGAGGCCCCGUAUUUGUUGAGUCCAGAGGCUGGGCCUGCAGGCGGGCCCUCCUCAGCCCCAGGCACUCAUGUGGAGAACCCAUUCAGUGAGCCUGCAGACUCCCACUUCGUUAGGCCCAUGCAGGACGUGAUGGGCCUGCCGUGUGUGCAGACUUCAGGCUACCAAGGAGAACAGUUUGGAAUGGAUUUUUCCAGGGCUGGUUUGGGCCUCCACUCCUCCUUCUCUAGGGUCAUGAUGGGCUCCCCACGAGGAGGUGCCAGUAACUUCCCCUACUACCGCCGCAUAGCUCCCAAAAUGCCGGUUGUGACUUCUGUCAGGAGCUCACAGAUCCCAGAAAACUCAGCCAGUUCUCAGCUGAUGAUGAAUGCAGCCACAUCCUCGUUUGAAAAUAGCCAUCCCUCGCAGCCUGGCCCUCCACAGCUAACCAGGGCAUCUGCUGACGUCCUAUCAAAGUGCAAGAAGGCCUUAUCAGAGCACAACGUCUUGGUUGUAGAAGGUGCUCGCAAGUAUGCUUGCAAAAUUUGCUGCAAGACUUUUCUGACCUUGACAGAUUGCAAGAAGCACAUCCGUGUUCACACAGGUGAAAAGCCCUAUGCCUGCCUGAAGUGUGGUAAGAGGUUCAGUCAGUCCAGCCACUUAUAUAAACACUCGAAGACUACCUGCCUGCGCUGGCAGAGCAGCAAUCUUCCCAGCACUUUGCUCUAACCCCGGCCUCUUGAGAUAACGCUGAUGCCAACUGUAGGACCAAAUCUAUACUUUGGUUGGUGGCUAAUGCCAUGGGGUGUGAGGCUUCAGGCUGCCCCACGGCUCCUGCAAAUUUUGGUGACUAAUGAGUGGAGAAUUAAUACAUGUAGCGCUUGUAAUGCUGCAUUUCUGCGUGAAAUGCAUGCUUUCAGAGGGAUGUGAUCCCUGAAACCAAGUUCUUCCUUAGGGUUGAGUAAUGCAGUCAGAAAGUAGUUUGUAAUUGAUGUUUAAAGUAGCACAUUUAAGAGUUAAAAAUUAAAGUGCAAAAAAAAUUUUUUAGCAAUUUUUGUAAAACUCUGUGAGGCAUUUUAAUUAAAUUUCCUUUAUCUUCUGAAGGAAAUAUUAUAUACCUGUACAGUGAUGCAGAACGCACUUACAUGUAACCAGUGGCAAGUUUGUGCCUGUCUAAAAGGAAGUCCCUUGAGGACACGCCUGUCUGCCACAAUGCUUUAAAGUGUAUCAUGCUAGUCCUAGGCCUCAGAAAGUACUGUAUCUUAUUUUUGUCUGAUUUGCAGUGAUAGACACUGCAUUUUGAUGGUGCUGACACUGGGUCCAGAGCAAGCAUUGUCUGCACUAUUAGGUGUACAUACUUUUGAAAACAUCACUGUUGGAUAGAUGUGGUAACAGUUGUUCUGGUUUUAAAACAGUUGUAAAUGGGGUAUGUCCUUGUAGGGGGUGACAAGUAAGGUAUGGUUUCUGUAUGUGCUCUUUUAGCAGUAUUUAAACCACCUCGUAUUACAGGUGUUACAGUUCCAUGGUGGGAGUCAGAAAAGAGGUCGUGUUUGUCUUUGUUCUGCUGAUGUGGAGUCCUGUUUUGUGGGAUCUUUCCUGGCGUACUUACCCUUUGCGCCAUCCAGACUUCAGGGGCCAGUCCAGCCUGACAACGUCUCGCCCAAUGAGAAGCCCAUUCUGUGCUUUGCUUCUUCACUCUUGUGCCCCAUAUGGCAUUUUUCCCAGAUCUAGCUUAAGUUUUCACUUACAAACCAAAAAGGAGGCCAGUCUCCCCGACCCCUCCACCAUGGGUUUUAUUAGUUAUAUACUUAAGUAUUGAUCCUGAACUUCUGUUGUCCCAACCUAAUAUUUAAACUGAAUGUUUAAAAUGGCUUGAAAUCCAAACAUAGCAGUAUCCACAGAUACUUUCCAGACUGUAAGAGAGUAGGGCAGCCCAGAGCAUAGCAGUCCCCAGGUAGCAUCUGAGACUGUUUGAGAAGAUAUUUGGGUCACUGCCCAGGGCCUGUCUGCUCAGCCGGGUCUGCCUCACUUGCUCAGCCCACCUUGCUCUCCUGACUGUGCCAUCAGGUGGCAUUUGUGUUAGGCUGAGCCCUGGCUCAUGUGCUUCCAGGGUAACCCCACAGGUUAAUGUGUCUCUAUAGAGCUCAUAAAGUCAGUUUAAUUCAUGCAUGAACAUGAGUUCAUUUUUUGUACAGCUUUUCUAGAGACACCCUUGUGGCAUAAUUGAGAGAAAUCCUUCAGUUUUUGUGUUUAGAAAGCUAAACUAUGUGUAGUCUAAAACAAAAAUCAGCAUGUUUUCUUCUCUUAAUCUAAUGUGUGCAGUUACACAUCUGUCUAUAGAUAAACUCAUAAUGUUCAUAGUCAGGCUUAGCAUCUCUAUCAACUGAUUCCCAGGGAGGAAGCCAAAAGGGCAAUUUCUGAUUCCUCUCCUUUCUAGCAAAAGUGGGAAACAGACUGUUGGAAGAUAGGGAUCACCUGUGAAGUUCAGUCCUCUGUGUGGCUAAUUGUUAGCAGUCACGUUCUGACUUGAUGUGAGGCGGCUGUACAUCCACCCUGUACGUGAUGUGGGGACCGACGUCUGGGGAGGAGAUUAAACUUGGGAGGCAGGUGGGUCAAUGUGGAGCACGAGAGAGGCCCUGCCUGGGCCCGGGGAGACCCUGCCUGGGCCCGGGGACAUCUCCCUUUGUCUUGAGGAAGUACUGGGAGGCUGCCCCCUCCCAUCCGCUCAGGCUUAAAUGGACUUUGCUGGAGCCUCUCUCUGACACAGUGGCUGGAGCCCUGCCUCUCCACUGCUAGAUGGAAUCUAGAAUCUCUCAUCUACCUCUUAGUCAAUCAAUCAGUUUCUCCAUGUGAGGAGCAAGCUUGCAGGCCAGUGUCCUCAUACAUGCUGUAGCACUUAAAAAAUAAUUCAGAAGUUCCCUGGAAAACCAGUCCCAGGGUCCUGUGAUCUGUAGUUUCUACCUGAAUUACAACUGGUAUUGGAUACCUAGAUUUUGAUUGGUUAGCCUUAAUUAUAGCCUGGCAUAAUCAUUUCUAGUGAUCAAAUCAUAAAGUUCUAUCAGGGCACCCAUGUCAGAGGUGCUAUGCUGGUCAAAAUCUGAAAUUUUUUAAUAAAGAAUUUGUCACCUU